AUGUCCUUUCGUCUUCUCCGCCGACCCAUUGGUCACUACCGUAUACCGACCUCUCCACUAUGUAUUCAAUACCACAGCCUUCCACUUCCACCUAUCCAAACACUCAACCCCAAAGCCCUGACGGAGUCCGACUUCCGUGACCUCUCCGGCAGGGUGUCAGACGGGCCCUUGGGAUAUCGUUUUCGGUAUUAUUGGCCCGGGGGCCGCAGGACUUCCUUAGCUUUCCCCAACCAAACUGCUGGAUAUUAUUAUUAUUGGACCCACUCAGACCUACCCGCAACGGCAGGCCAACUUCGAUUCCGUGUCACUCCUACAAAUGAUCCUUCACUAUUCGCAUCGGGAUCAGACCUCUUGAAACCUAACGGUAUGCCUUGGGUCGUACCGAUGUGUAGACUCCUCGGUCUACCCAAAGCUGAAGGCUUCCUGCAGAAGCUAUUGGAGGAUGGACUGAUGAGCGAGGACUUGAUCCGUUCUGAGUAUUUCCGUAUAUAUAGGGAGCUCCACCUUUCUACCAAAUCUGUGUUACUCGAGUCCUUUCACGAUGCGUUCCCUUUAUAUCUCCCUCGGAAAACAAUUCCUAUCAAAAUGAUAUCUUCCGGCAAAGUAGCGCAGGUGACAUUAACGCUGGACGAUCACUCAUGGGUAGAAGAUUUAAAAUUGGCUGAGCCUGGGAAGAAAGUGUAUGCCCAUGCUCGUCUCCAUGUUUCUGAAGAAGCGGUACGACCCGGACUUCAAGUCGUGCGGAUUUUCUCUCCCAGUGGAGAGCAGCUUGAAUCAGACUUCCCGUUGAUCACCACAUACAAAUGGUCGGGGGAUUUCCGUCCAUUUUGGUCUUGGUGUCUACAAAGCGCAAAAGUGUGA